ACAUGGGAGUCCCUCCACAGACAGACAAGAUGGACGCGGGGUUUUUCCGUGGAACCAGUGCAGAACAAGACAAUCGAUUCAGCAACAAACAGAAGAAACUUCUAAAACAGUUGAAAUUUGCAGAAUGUCUUGAAAAAAAGGUGGAUAUGCAUAAAGUGAACCUGGAGGUGAUCAAGCCAUGGAUUACCCAGAGAGUGACAGAAAUGCUUGGGUUCGAGGAUGAUGUUGUUAUUGAGUUCAUCUUCAACCAUCUUGAGGAGAAGAACCCAGAUGCAAAGCUGAUGCAGAUUAACUUAACCGGGUUCUUGAAUGGAAAGAAUGCAAGAAUGUUCAUGGGAGAGUUGUGGCCAUUGCUGUUGAGUGCCCAGGAAAACAUUGCAGGAAUCCCUUCUGCUUUUCUGGAACAGAAGAAAGAAGAAAUCAAACAGCGACAGAUUGAACAGGAAAAGCUAGCUACCAUGAAGAAGCAAGACGAAGAGAAGGAAAAAAAGGAUAAAGAAGACAAAGAAAACAAAGAAAAGAGGGACCGCUCCAGAAGUCCAAAGAGGCGGAAAUCAAGAUCCCCAUCUCCCAGGAGGCGAUCUCCAGCAAGAAGGGAGAGAAAGCGUUCUCCAUCUAGGUCUCCUCGUCGUAGGACCAGAAGCGCGAGUAGAAGUGCUUCACCAGUGUCUACGGUCAAGAAGCCAGAACAAAUGUCACCCGAGCCAGAUCUCUCACUAAAAGAAAGAAAAGAAUCCCCUGCACCAGAAGCAACGUCAACAAGUGAUAUUCUGAAGGAAAUCAAACCCUCAACACCAGAAGUUAAAGAAACUUUAUUAGAUCAACCUAUUAAAAAAGAGAAGGAAAGAAAGGAAAGAAAUCGUCAUCGCUCACGUUCACGGUCAAAAUCAAAGUCUAGGUCCCGUUCACGUUCUCAUUCACGGCCAAGGAGGCGUCCUAGGUCCCGGUCAAGGUCCUAUUCACCUCGAAGACGGCCCAGUCCCCGACGGAGGUCUCCACCACGACGGAGGAGUCCACCAAGGCGUUUGCCACCACCUCCGCCUCCUUCCAGGCACAGAAGGAGUAGAUCACCUAUAAGAAGGCGUCGAUCUCCCUCAGUUUCAUCCUCGGGCAGUAGUUCCUCUUCCUCUUCCUCUCCAAAGAAGACCAAACGCAUAUCAAUCAGUCCUCCCCGCAAACCUCGCCGAUCUUCUCCAUCACCUGCUACUCCUCCCAGGAGACGACAUCGAUCACCUGUGACUACGACAAGUCCCGCUCAUAAAGGGCCGCGUUUGUCUUCUCCACACGUGAAUCGUUCAAGGAAAGGUUACACUUCUGUUUCUCCUGCUAGACCAGCACCAAAACGGAAAGGUAGUGUGAAGCAUGAAUCCGUUUCUCCUCCUAAACCAAGAAGAUCAGAUCCAUCAGAUUCAGAAGAUGAUAAAGGAGGCAAGGCUGCCGGAGUAGAAUCCGUGCAACAGCGUCGCCAGUAUCGCAAACAGAACCAACAAACCACUUCUGAGUCCGGAUCAUCUUCCUCAUCUGAAGAUGAAGCACCAAAACGUUCAACUGCAAAGAAUGGCGAAGUUCGAAGAAGGCGCCAUCGUUCCUUGUCACGGAGUAUGUCUCCUUCUCCUGCUAUGCGAAAAAGGCACUUUUCGCCACGGAUGCCGCUUGGAAAGGGGUGGCACUUCCCAGUGGCGAAAAGGAGGAGGAGAAGCCCAUCACCACCGCCGAGACGCCGUCGUACUCCGAGUCCCCCGAGAAGGCGUAGAUCACCGUCUCCACUAAGACGCAGAUCGCCAUCUCCACCACAACGUCGACGUUCAGCCUCACCCAGACGCUAUUCCCCCCCAAUUCAGAGGAGGUAUACUCCAUCACCACCACCCAGGAGGCGGGCAUCUCCGUCACCAGCACCAAAGCGCCGUAGUUCUCCCUCUCCCUCGUCCCGGCGUAGGAGAGGAUCACCACCCAGUAGAUCCAACAGAGAUGUCCGAUCACCGCCACCACACAAACGCCACUCACCAUCUCCAAGACCCAGGCCAAUACGUGGAUCUGUGAGUCCACCACCAGCACGAAGAGUAUCAAUGUCACCACCACCACCACAACGUCGUCAUUGUCCCCCAUCCCCGAGUAAUAGGCCAAUCCGGCGUGUUUCACGAACACCAGAACCGAAGAAACCUAAAAAGGUCUCGCCAAAUCUACAAGUUGUGCGAAGGGCUACAUCAUCCAGAUCUGCAUCUCGAUCUCCUGAGCCUGCUCCCAAAAAAAGGCCAGUGACUUCAGUCUCCAGAUCACAAUCUGCUAGUAGGUCACCAACACCUGUCCUUCCACCACCACCAGUUAAAAAGCCAAAGAGUGCUUCAGUUAGCCCAUCUCCUCUCAAGGUCUCUGACCAAGAAGCUGGAGGGAAGAAGAAGAAGAAGAAGAAGGACAAGAAACACAAGAAGGACAAAAAACACAAGAAACACAAGAAGCAUAAGAAAGAAAAGGCUGCUGUGGCACCAGUUGCAGCUGUAGAAGAAAAGGUUGAACCUGCAGAAGCUCCAGCAAAGUCACCUCAGCCGGAAGCUUCAGAACCCACAAAGGAAUCAGAAAGUGAAGACGAAAACCUAGAUGAUCUAGAAAAGCAUCUGCGAGAGAAGGCUCUGCGUUCAAUGAGAAAAAGCUCAAGCCUCGCCACCAUCAUGAGGGAGAGAACUGAAAUAAACUAACUUAAGCAGACUGAAUGGAUUAGGCACAAGGGCUUUGUACAUUUUAAAAAUGGCUGUUGUAAUGACACCAGUACAUUAAGAUGGCUCCAUACCACUCAUGAAAACUGACAUUGCCACUUAACUACGCUAGAAUUAUUUUUCAUAAAGGCAAACCAUAUUAAUUAUUUUGUGUUUUAUCACAGAACUAAAUUCUUUGGCUUCGAUUUGUCACAGCUACAUCUUUCUUUAAAAGCAAUAUUUGGGAAACCUUUGGUCUCAAUUUGUUGCUGUAAAGUUGCUCCUCUUCUCGGGUGAGAUUCAUUCUUUAGCAUCUGGACAUAAGACACAGCACUUUGAAGAAGAGAGGUGUUUUAUUUCCGCCAUUGAGAAUCAUGGUCUGUCAGCUGGCCAUGAGAUCGACUGCUCUUGAGAACAGGCAUUUUAGGCAUGUCUUUGGCCCAAAAUAUUCCGACUCCUUUCUAAAUGGUCUGCUGAAGAAUGAUAAGUCCAUUAUGUGCAUCUGAUUUCAUAAAAUAACAUUUAAGUAGAAUAAAUUAAGUGAAUUUAGGGUGAAUCGGUUUUAUGGUUCCAGCCACAAACCAUGCUAGAUUUGCAUGAAUUGACUGAAUUUAUGUCUUUAUGACUGAACCGUGAAAAUUAAUUUUUAAAAAUCUGUUUGCAGUAUUUGUCUUGGCUAUCAUUAUGUAAUGGUAUUUUGUGACAUUGUUUAUGUAAGUGUACAAAUCCUUUGUGUUUAAUCCACUAAUACGAUCUGUUGUGUAGUUUCUGCAGAGUUUGAGUUUUAUUUGAGCCGUUUGAUUGUCCACAACAUUCUUUACAAAGAGCUUCACGUGAAAAUGUGCUGUAUCUAGAACACUGGAAGUCUCUUUUUUAAAAAUCAAAAUUGUUAUAGGAAGAGGAUGGUACUACCAGGAUCUGAAGGAUAAAGAAUUCCUGGUUGACAGUAGCUUUGGAUUGUAUUUUGCUUUGUGUAACAGGUUGGUUUCAUCCAAGCUGUUCGUGUCUUCUACUGUUACGGUUGUUCUCAGAGUAAAAACUUGUUUAGAUGCUGUUCUUUUGUGGGAGCUUAACAAAUCUGUAAUGACUAUUUUGAAUUUGUCAUCUUUUGACUUAAAGGGUUUUGUUUUUUUUUAUAAACGUUGAAUUAUAAAGCUGUAAAAAGCUGAAGUAAUAAAUGGAAAUUAAAUUUCUAAAUUCAA